AUGCUAAAAGUAUUCAAACAUGUUUCGUUGCAGAUAUUUCUUUUAGGCGGGAGGUUGAUUUUUGGCCCUGAUGCAAAGUCACUACUCGUCACACUAUUGUUAAUCAUAGCUCCAGUCAUUAUCUUUUGUGUUUUCGUCGCAAGACAUCUUCGCCAUGAGUUUUCAUCCUAUAACGCUGGAUAUGCAAUCCUCAUAGUUGCAGUUGUCUUCACUAUUCACGUUUUAGUGCUUCUGCUUCUGACUUCAACUCGAGACCCGGGAAUCGUACCACGAAACUCACACCCUCCGGAAGAAGAGUUCCGUUAUGACACAUCAGCAUCAGUCGAGAUCGGCGGGCGGCAGACUCCGAGCCUCCAAUUCCCCCGAACAAAAGAAGUAAUGGUCAAUGGACUCCCUGUUAGAAUCAAAUACUGUGACACUUGUAUGCUAUACAGGCCUCCUCGUUGCUCACACUGUUCUGUUUGCAACAACUGUGUUGAGCGUUUUGACCAUCACUGCCCUUGGGUAGGCCAGUGCAUUGGCUUGAGAAACUACCGUUAUUUCUUCUGCUUUGUAUUUUCGGCAACACUUCUUUGUGUGUAUGUGUUUGCAAUAUCUGCUUUGUACAUAAAAGUAUUGAUGGACGAUCAUCAAGGAACCGUUUGGAAGGCCAUGGCAGAGUCCCCUGCAUCUGUUGUUCUCAUGGUCUAUUGUUUUAUAUCCUUGUGGUUCGUUGGUGGCCUCACGGGUUUUCACCUUUAUCUACUAAGCACGAAUCAGACGACGUACGAAAAUUUUCGGUACAGAUCAGAUAACAGGAUCAACGUAUAUGACCGUGGCUGUGUUAACAACUUCCUUGAAAUAUUUUGCACAAAGGUGAAGCCUUCGAAGAAUGAUUUCCGGGCCUUGGUGCAGGAAGAGCCACAGAGAGUGCCACCCGUGCACGCCACACGGGAGUGCGAAGCGGAGGAUAAUAACUUUGGGGACGACAGGCGAAUUAAGGUCGAAGAUGAUUUGGAUAUCGGUGGAGAUCUUUUGAAAAUCUCGCAACGCCAUAAUAUAGAAGAUAUAGAGGCGGAUAUCCGGAGCAGGGGUAGUGACGUGCCACGUCAUCAUAACUUGUCAGAGGCUGAUUCGGUCUUAGGUUCGGACACUCGGCAGUCGAGCUGGGAGAUUGCGAACGAGGGAAAUUAUGUCGCUUCAAAAGAAAUAUGAAAAUGAAGAGAAUGAAGUGAAGUUUUGAGGGGUCUUGCUUUCUUCAUCGAUGGAGGCGUAGCAGUGAAUUUUUAUUACGGUGAGGGUAAAAUUUGUGUUACCAUUCUUUCUCUUGCUUGUUUUUGAUUAGAUUAGAUGUAGCUACUCUCUCUCUAUCUCUCUUAAUUGUUAUUUUGUAUGGAAGCAUUGAAGAGUGAGGUUUUAUGUGAUUCGGUGGGGAGAAUGUUGUUUCUUGCUUCUGUGUUUUAAUGAAGGUUCUCAUAAUCAGAUGACUAAGGAAUCUGAUCGGUUGAUCGAUCAAGCUAUAAGUUCAAUGGUUGAAUUGGUAAUUAAUUUAUUCAUAUAUUUA